AUGGCUUCUCCCGAGCCUGAAACUCGGCGAAAACAGCGGGUAUAUACUGCGACGGUACCACGGAUCGAUGUAACCGGUCAGUUCAACGAUUAUAACGCUUCGGACAUAGAAAACAGAAAAAUUAUGAGAAAAAGGGAAGCGGUGCUAGUAAGAUGGGAUACAGAUGAACGUCACUUUUAUCAGCAAGAGUAUAGAAAGUUCUAUAGAAAGAUCAAAUUAGAUCGAGAUUUGCUUAAUUACAAAUAUGACUGGACAAACAAAGAUUGCCACAGUCAAUGCUUUCGUAUUAUUGCCCAAAGUCUCCAAUCCAGCAGAAGUGAUAAAAUGGAAGAUAUAGACUGGUUCAUAGAGAAAUUCUACAAAAAUGAGGAGCAUACGAUAGGUAUUGGUAAAUAUGACGAUACUUAUACUCCUCCAGCCAGACGCAUAAGAAUCACCAAAAAUAUCACUUUCGAUAAGAACGAUGUAAUUCCGGUUUAUUCCGACUUACCAGGCGAAACCUCAAAAAAUCUGGAAAUUCCCGACAACUUCGUCUACGAGUACAGUAAUGUCAAUUUUGUGGACAAGUCUCAAGAACCUGAUUUGGUGAAAGCGAUGGAAUUAGCUCAACAAGAGGAGAACUUGAUCAAAUGCAACUGCCAUUCAGGCGAUAACAUCGUUUCUUGCUAUGAGAAUAAGAACUGUCCAUGCUUUAAAAUGAAUAAAAAGCUUCGAAAAUUUCAGUUCCAUAUAAAAGAUCGGCCUCGCUGUGAAUUUUCCUCUUUCAAACCGAUUAUACUGGCAAAGCAUACGGAUGUCAUGUUCGAUAAUAUCGGAUUCUCAUGCUCGGAAGUGUGUGCAUGUGCUGGAAAAUGCACGAAUAACACUCUCUUGUUAGCGAACAAAAAAAUAUUUCCGUUAGAAAUCUAUCGUCAGAAUCCACACGUUGGUUUCAACAUACGAUCCUCUGUGCCGAUUCCAGCCGGAACUCCAUUCAGGACUUUUACUGGAGAGAUUCGCGAAUCAGUCAAUGUUUCUGACGAAGAUCUGGAUUACGCGUUCAAAGUGUGGCAAUAUAACGAGACAAGACUCCCCGUUGAUCUAAAGGAUAUGAAAUUCACUGGUGAAUACAAACGUCUGCUCUUCGAGCUUUUCCAAAGGGACUUUUUUAUUUGUCCCACAACUUGUGGGAACGUUGGAAGAACGGCUGGCCACUCCUGCGUGCCCAAUGUCGAGAUUCUAAGAGUGUAUCAAAAAAGUGUAUCGCCGGCGCACAUCAAUCUGAUUAUGGUAGCUCGGGAAGACAUCAUUCCAGGAACUCCGUUGACAAUCGAUUAUGGAGCUGAUUUCGCAGAACGGCUGAAAGAUGUCUGCCAGUGUGGUACUUUCGCUUGUAUGGGUGGACGUAAGUAUUCCGAUAUCUUAAUUGUUUAUUAUUUUUCUUUCAAGUUGGCACCUUGUGUGGCAAAACUUCAUGAGCUGAAGUUCGAAAAAUAUCGAGAUACUGUGAUUGACGUCAUCAAAGAAGAAGAAAUUGCGCACAGAGCAAAACGUCGUAGAUUGCAGGCCCAUUAA